ACACCCCAGAGGUCAUCCACCACCACCACCACCAUCCCGGUCGGCACGCCGCAGCGGGAGAGCCUGCGUGCGGCCUCCGGAUCAACAACAUCAGCAACACAGAAGCGGCCACGCUUGCCGGAGAGCGCCAACGACAAUGACCUUGCUGCCGCUGCUGCAAACUUCACUUUGCUACCUUCCAAUUCCGCCCUCCUCUCCUCUUCUUAAGAAGAGGUCAACCCAAGCGGGCAUGGCUCAGGCCCAGUCGCACACAGCCCGCGCGCACAGUCGCAAGCAUCCAAAACCCGCAGCCGCAGCCCAGCCGGCGACGGCGAGCCAUAAUAUACCAAACCCAAACCAAGCACACGACACGACCCAGCCAGCAUCGCAUCACCAUAGCGUCGCGUCGCGCGCUCCUUCCCUUCCUUCGCGUCCACGACCGUCUCCUCCUCCUCCUCCUCCUCCUCCUCUCAAGCUUGCAACAGCCGGAGCUACAUCUCUACAGGCCUCGCCGGAGAUGGCGGCCACGCCGUUGCUGUCGGGGGAGGACACGACGACGCCGUUGCAUGGCGUCGUCGUGAUCGCCCUCCCGGACCACGCCGACGGCGGGGGCCGGGACGCGUCGCCCAGGAGCGAGGCGCCGGCGCCGGCGGCCCUGGGACGGGCGUGGAGGCUGCUGCGGCUGGCCACGGCGCCGCUGGUGGUGCUCGCGGCGUUCGCGGUGGCGGCGCACUGCUACGGCCUCUACUCCUUCUCCUUCUCCGGGGAGGAGGACUGGAAAUGGGGCGAGGGGCGCGCCUCCUCCUUCCUCCUGCCGCUGCACCCCAAGCCCAAGCCCGCCGCCGCCGGCGUCAAGGCCGCGGCGGCGGAGAGGGAUUCGACCACGGCCGUGCUGCCGGAGAGGCAGUACUACACUUCUGUAAACAUUGGCAAUCCUGCAAGGCCCUAUUUCCUUGAUAUUGAUACAGGAAGUGCACUCACAUGGAUCCAGUGUGAUGCUCCCUGCACAAAUUGCACAAAGGGGCCUCAUCCUUUGUAUAAGCCCGCAAAAGAAAACAUAGUUCCACCUAAGGAUUCACAUUGUCAGGAAUUGCAAGGCAACCAAAAUUACUGUGACACCUGCAAACAAUGCGACUAUGAGAUCGCGUAUGCGGACCGAAGCUCCUCUGCCGGCGUGCUUGCGAGGGACAACAUGCGACUGGUCACCGCGGACGGUGAGAGGGAAAACAUGGACUUCGUCUUCGGGUGUGCACAUGAUCAACAAGGAAAGCUUCUAGACUCACCAGCAAGUACUGAUGGGAUCCUUGGCCUCAGCAACGGGGCAAUGAGCCUCCCUACCCAGCUAGCCAAGCAAGGGAUCAUUUCCAACGUUUUCGGCCAUUGCAUCGCCACGGAUCCCAGCAGUAGUGGCUACAUGUUUCUCGGUGAUGAUUACGUUCCCAGAUGGGGAAUGACAUGGGUUCCCAUCCGCAACGGUCCAGAGGACGUGUACAGCACGAUAGUACAGAAAGUGAACUAUGGAGGUCAGGAGCUUAAUGUGCGAGAGCAGGCUGGGAAGCUGACUCAAGUGAUCUUCGACAGCGGGAGCUCAUACACUUAUUUUCCGCAUGAAAUAUACACAAGCCUGAUUGCUUCGGUGAGUUUUCGCAGUAACUCUCCAACAGAUGAAACAAGUUCAGUUAAUUCCAUGCUGCAUAUACCUGAUUACGAUCUUGUAAUUCAACAGCUCGAAGCGGUCUCUCCAGGCUUUGUACACGAUAAAUCAGAUCAAACGCUGCCUUUUUGCAUGAAGCCUAAUUUUCCAGUGAGGUCUGUGGAUGAUGUGAAGCAACUGUUCAAGCCCUUGCUCCUGCAUUUCAGCAAAGCAUGGCUUGUGAUCCCAAGAACGUUCGCAAUUUCUCCCGAGAACUACUUGAUCAUCAGCGACAAGGGCAAUGUCUGCCUAGGGGUGCUUGAUGGAACAGAGAUUGGCCACAGCUCAACAAUAGUAAUUGGAGAUGUUUCCCUCCGUGGGAAGUUAGUUGCGUAUGACAACGACGAGAAUCAGAUCGGAUGGGCUCAGUCAGACUGCAGCAGGCCACAGAAAGCAAGCAUGGUUCCGUUCUUCCUUUCGAAAGCAUUGCGCAGUCAACUUCUUUAAAUGGCACAGGCAGAUGAUCGCCCCGUGUUCGCCUGACCAUGCGCUCACCUUUUCGACGCGCAAUUCUGCGACCGAAGCUGCCAUAACUAUAUAAUGGAUGUAGUUAAACAAGGGGUAUAGGAAAACCAAAUUGGAAGAAAGGUGAAUAGAUAUAGCCAGUACCUGUAAUUUUUCUCUGCUGUAUAUAUACCAAAGAAGCAGAACUCUGCAUACCUAUGGGUAUGCUGUAGAGUAUAUCUCAUCCACUUGUAAGACUAAGUGGUGAAGCAUAUCAAUUUCAAAUGAGUAGCAGCUAUGUGAUUUCUGAUUUA